AUGUUGCCUCUGGUGAUCUUGUUAUGUGUAGCCGGUACAGUCUAUGGCGCCGAAUGGUCUUAUGACUAUGAAACGCAGUGGCCAGGACAAUGUAACGAAGGAAAGCUCCAGUCGCCCAUCAACAUUAUGAGUCGCAGUGCGUUGGUGGACCGCCAUGCCUUGCAUAUCAGGGGUCCCCUGGUUUUCCGGGGGUACAACAGAGUCAACGUCACAGCUUACAACGACGGACAUACUUUAAAAUGGUCGGUGGUAGAAAACGAGCCGGCUCCCAUGGUGUAUGGAGGUCCCUUACGUGGAAACUACACCUUUAUGCAGUUCCAUCUUCACUGGCUCUCUGAACACGCUAUUGAUGGCAUGAAGUACCCAAUGGAAAUUCACAUGGUCCACAUAAAGACGGGCCUGACGAUGGACGAAGCAUUGGUGCGUCCGGACGGCCUCAGUGUCAUUGCCAUCCUAUGUCAGGUCAAUAGUGGUGGGGCGAGCGAAUACGCUUUGGGAGAAAUAGACCGCUUCUUCCCGAAAUUGGCAGAGAGAAACUCAGCUUACCCAAACACUUCAGUGAUAGAUUUAACCCGCCUCUUGAGUCCUGAACCGCAAUCCUUCUACACCUACCACGGAUCCCUGACCACGCCCAACUGCCAAGAAGUAGUCACUUGGAUCAUCAUGGACAGACCGCUCAUCAUAUCUGACACACAGUACAAGCAGAUAAGUCGUGUAGACGUCGGUAGGAUCGACAACUACCGAAGUCUACAAACGGUAGAUCGGGAGAUAUACCGAAGCAUUGCAUCGUCAGCUACCAUGGUGUUGCCUGGCCUACUAGGAUUCCUGCUCACUCUGAUGAAUCUCUCAUCGUCACUGUCAAGUAUCCUGAGUAAAGGGAUAUCGCUGGAUCAGUUAAGUUCGGACCCGUCUGGAGUUAUGAUGGUAUGCACCAAAAGCAAUAAAGUUAAAAUACACGAGAGUUCGUGGCCAGGUGGAUUCUGUAAGAAAGGAGGGAAACGACAGUCACCAAUCGACAUUCAGCCCAAAGAUGUCAUUGUGGACUUCGAGAAGCAAUUCAUCAAAUAUGGCAAAUUGGUCUAUAAAGGCUAUGAAGCAGUGUUGCUGACAGGAAUCAAUAAUGGACAUACAAUUCAGUUUAGUACGGAGGGAGACAAUUCAAUGCAUCCAACGCUCACUGGAGGUCCACUUAAGCACGUGUACAGACUAGAACAGCUUCACUUCCAUUGGCUAUCAGAACAUGCGGUUAAUGGCGCAAAGUUCCCCAUGGAAAUCCACUUCGUGCAUGUUCGUUCUGAUCUUAAGGUAUCCGAAGCGUUAUCAAAACGGGAUGGUCUGGCGAUUGUUUCCGUUUUCUGCAAUGUAAAGACAGAACUCAAAACUGAAGAAGCAGACACGUCAGACGAACUGUUGCAGCACAUUCCUCUCCUCAUGAAGACCGCAAAUAGAAUCAGUGGGGUACUAAUAGAUCUCGAAAAGCUUAUUCCACAAAAGCAUUCAUACUACUCCUACAUGGGUUCCCUGACAUCACCAGAGUGCAACGAAGUGGUUAUAUGGAUUAUUUAUGAUAAGCCGAUACACAUAUCCGACGCUUUGUACCGAAUCUUCGGCAACGUAGGUGUCGGCAGACACAACUACAGAAGUCUCCAGCGCUUGAGCCAUCACAUGAUAUUCCAACCACCUCCGAACCUCAUCGCAACACCUCGCGCUGUUCAGAUGCUACAAGACGUCGUUAAUGUAAUAAGGAAUUUCUUCAGGAAUGUUACAAGUGAAUUUCCUGUUGCAGCUUCGUGUCCAGAGGUCUACGGUCAAGAUAAAUCGGGGAAAUAA